CACGCUGAAUGUAAAUCUGGCCACAAACAACGUCUCACUCUUUCUCUCUAUGGCUAUGAAUCCAGCGUAGUGAUAUCGGCACAGAAACACAGUCGUCUCCGCGGGCUUCUGCGCAGUUUGCAGACACGUUACGAGGGAUUCGUGCUGGAAUAUAAUUUGGGGGUGAAGAACCAAAGGAGAAAGGGCGAAACCCACCUUCAGUCUGCGCUUUUCUUCCCCUUCUCUCUCUCUCUUUCUCUCUCUCUGGAAGCACGGACUUCGGGAAAUGGCUUUUCCGAAAUCCCAGUGACUGCGAUGUCAGCACCUCUCAUCCACCGCGCACAUACUGAAGAAAUACAUCCACCUGAAGGAGAAACGACACGUAUUUUGGGGUCAGGCGUUUUCUCCCUCAAGAGCAGCCUUUCAUUCACGGCGCACUGAAUGCAAGGAACACUCGCCCCUGGCAGCUGAAGAUGACGUUACUAUGGAAACAGUUUUUGCUGCUAUCAAUCAUGGAGUAUCUUGCAGAGUGUCUAGAUUACAAAUCCUUCAACGGUCCAAAAUGGCGCAUGGAGCCCAGCGAUCUAACCGUGGGCUCGCUAGAAGAAGAAGCCACUCUGACCUGUGAUGCUAAGGGCAUUCCUCCACCCCAAUACAGGUGGUCUCUGAACAGCACAUUGAUUAAUCUCCGGACUGAUUCCCGUCGGCGGCUGUCUGGGGGGAAUUUAGUCAUUAGGAGUCUGGACCGGGCCCAGGAUGGAGGAAUAUACCAAUGCACUGCGUUCAACCCACUGGGAGCGGUUCUCAGCAGGAGAGCUAGCCUCCAAUUUGCAUACUUGAAUUUAAAAACCCAAACGAGAAGUGCCGUGUCUGUUCGGGAAGGCCAGGGGGUUGUUUUACUGUGUGGUACGCCUUCUUAUGCAGGAGAUCUCUCAUUUGCAUGGGUCUUUAAUGAGUACCCUUACUUUGUUCAGCAAGACAAUCGGCGCUUUGUCUCUCAGGAGACAGGAAACCUUUACAUUGCCAAAGUGGAGCCGUCGGAUGUGGGUAACUACACGUGUGUGGUGGUAAAUCGCAUCACUAAGAGCAAAGUCCUCAGCUCUCCAACCCCACUGGUGCUACGGACGGAUGGUGUAAUGGGCGAAUACGAGCCAAAAAUAGAGGUUCAUUUCUCUGAGAUGGUUCCGGCUGCAAAGGGAUCUAUUGUGACACUGGAAUGUUUUGCUUUGGGGAACCCAGUACCCCAGAUCACGUGGAGGAGAGCGAAUGGAGUUCCGUUUCCAAGCAAGGUGAAGAUGAAGAACUCAAAUGUGGUUCUCGAGAUUCCCAGUUUCCAGCAGGAGGACGCCGGAGGCUAUGAAUGUGUGGCAGAGAACAAGAUGGGAAAGAACACGGUUCAAGGACGACUGUCUUUCCACGCAAAACCUCAGUGGGUGCAGACCAUGCGAGACAGCGCUUUGUCAAUUGAAGAGAGACUGUUUUGGGAGUGUAAGGCCAAUGGGAAACCCAAACCUUCAUACAGCUGGCUGAAGAAUGGAGAACCACUGGUAGUUGAGGACAGGAUACACAUAGACAACGGAGCCCUGGCCAUCAGCUCGGUGAACCUGUCAGACGGCGGCAUAUAUCAGUGUGUGGCCGAGAACAAACACGGAAUCAUUUACUUUGGCGCUGAACUGGUGGUAUUAGCUUUGCCCCCCGACUUUUCCAGAAGCCCUCUCAGAGCUCUGCUUAAAGCCAAGACAGGCAGCACGGUAUCUAUGGAGUGUAAGCCGCAGGCCUUUCCUACAGCCAUCAGCCUGUGGAGGAAAGACAACGACCCCCUACAUAGCACCGAGAGGAUAGCUCUUCUUCCUGAUGGAACACUAAGAAUCACAAAUGUGACUAAGAUGGACAGGGGGACUUACUCAUGCAUGGCUAAAAACCAGUUUGGUGCAGCCAGUACUACAGGAAGACUGCUGGUUACAGAUCCCACACAAAUCACCCAGGGUCCAGUGGACAUGGAGAUCAUUGUCGGGGAGAGCAUCGUCCUGCCCUGCCAGAUCUCCUGUGACCCUGCUCUGGACGUUUCUUUCUCCUGGGCCUUCAAUGGGCAGCUGCUUAGCAAACUGGACCAACAUUAUGAGCAUGUGGGAGGGGGCACAUCUGGAGAUCUGAUGAUACGAAACAUACAGCUGAAACAUGCCGGAAAAUAUGUGUGUGUGGUCGACACAGAUGUCGAGAGUUUGUCGGCUGCAGCCAUUUUAAUUGUGAAAGGUCCCCCGGGAGCCCCAGAUGGCGUAACGGUGGAAGAGAUCACGGACAGCACAGCUCAGCUUUCAUGGAGACCCAGCCAGGAUAACGGAAGCCCCAUCACGAGCUAUAUCAUCCAGGCCAAGACGGCUUUCACUGUGGGCUGGCAGGCGGUGAACACGGUCCCGGAGGUGAUUGACGGGAACACUCGGACAGCGACCGUGGUGGAUCUGAACGCGUGGGUGGAAUUUGAGUUCCGAGUGUUGGCCAGAAACAGCGUCGGCGUGGGAGAGCCAAGUCCGGCUUCUCUUAAGACGAGGACGGAAGAUGCAGUUCCCGACACGGCACCCGCUGAUGUCGGAGGUGGGGGCGGCUCCAAGUCAGAGUUGGUGAUAACAUGGGAGCCUGUACCUGAAGAACUUCAAAACGGAGACGGUUUCGGCUACAUCAUUGCUUUCCGGCCACUUGGGGAGGUCAACUGGACACACGCCGUCAUCUCAGCCCCGGCACAGUCUCGCUACUUGUAUCGGAAUGAGAGCAUUUCACCUUUCUCUCCAUUUAAUGUGAAAGUGGGUGCCUACAACACCAAAGGCCAGGGACCGUUCAGCCCUGUUACCAUCGUAUUCUCAGCUGAGAAUGAGCCCAGUGGUGUUCCUGCUGGAGUGUGGGCCCGAAGCAUUUCUGCCACAGAAAUUGAAGUGAUGUGGCACAUUCUCACCUCUUCCCCAGAAAGAGUGUUGGGCUACGAGGUGGUGUACUGGGAGGAUGAUACAAAACCAGAGACCAUGGGCAAAGUCAGAGUGUCUGCCAAUCAGAACAAGGUUAACAUCAGUGGCCUGAGAGGAUACACGCAGUAUUUUCUGACAUUGAGUGCUUUCAACACAGCGGGCACUGGCCCUAUCUCACCCACCAUCAACGUGACCACCAAAAAGUCCCCACCCGGGCAGUCACCUUUGAACGUGGAGUGGAACCUGAUUGGCUCUAAGCUCACUGUUCAUUGGGAAGCCGUCAUUUCACUGGAAAUGGAGUCAGAGGUUACUGGGUAUCAGGUGUCUUACAGAAGGAACCGGCAUAAAGAAAUUAACACCAUAUCAACAAACCUGACCUCGGUGGAGCUCACCUUACCUGCAGAUGAUGAUUACAUCAUUCAGAUCAAAGCGCUGAGCGACGGGGGAGAGGGAACCCCCACUGAACCCAUCAACAUCCAUAAGCUCAGUAUGAGCGUGCGAGGUUCCAGAGCCUGGCGAGCCAAUACAAUCCCCAUCUCCCUGCUUUCCAUUAUCGCAUUAUCGACAGUGAGACCGGCUUUGUGUUAACAGUCUGAAGAAUUGAACAUCUCUCGACCGGUUUGAUUGCCCGUACUCUUCCUCGCUGUGGAAUGAUUGGAGAGAGGCACGGAAACACUUCUGAGGCAAGAUUAUUGAUCCAUCUCUCCAUAAUUAUCUGAGCCGAUGUCUGGCGAUCCACUUGAGGAGCGUGACAGGAAAACAACGGCGUCACUGCGGUGGGGUUUCGUGCGCAUGUACAGUGUACCGUCGUCUCCUUGCGAGCCGUCCGAGAGGUUUUUCAUAAGGAGGGAUGACUCAUGGUACUGCAAUGAGAUGUCAUCUCCGCGGCCCCUCAAAACAAAUGCCUUAUUUCCAUGUACAUGCCAAAGUAGUUAGGAUCCUUUUAAAGCUUUUUGUCGUUUUGAUAUUUUCACAUCCUUAAUAACAUUCGCUUUUGCUUACUACUUAAUUUACUUGUACGAGAGUCUAUGUGCCUUAUCGAGGUUUUAGGCUGGUCUUUUUUUGCUUCAGGCCCCACGUUGCAGCUACAAGCCUACGAGUACUCGUGAAUGUGACGAGGGUACGCAUUAUGGAGAUGGCGUGUUUUGGUUUAUGCUUUGCACAACUGUGUUAACAGCAGGAGACUUGAAAUGGUUAUUCUUGGAAUCUCAAUGUGCAUAAAUAUGUAUAACACAUCACUGGAAUGUACAGCCCUGGCGUCUGUUAUUGGUGGAUUAUGAGGCAUGAAUGAAUAACACGAGGGAAUACAUUAGACUGUUAAGUCAAUAGAACAUGCUUAAAGCCGCCUUAGUUGGAAUGGGCCUUGGAGAGCAUCAUAGCAGCUUUUAUGUGGCUUUUAGUAACAGAUCUACACCUGUAAAACCUACAGGCAGUUCUAAGGCUUUAGAUUAGAAGGAGAAUAUGGCCGGUUUUAUGGUGCAAAAUGCAGUUUUUGCUUAGGGAGGGUUGGAAAGGUGUCCAGGUAUUACAGUAUUGUGGACCGUUUCACAGUUAUUUCAGUUACUUUGACUGCAAAACGUAUCAAGGACCCACGAUUAUGAUCAGAAAAGUGGCUUUACUGGGAUUUUAUUUCUUAAUAUUUUCCUUUUUUUACCUGUACUAUUAUUUAACAUAAAUCUAUUAUAUAUUCUAAAAAUCUCAGUGUUUUUAGUCAUGCUUCAGUAAAGUGAUCAUUUCAGGACAUAGGGUUUAUUUUACUUGUCUGUACACGCCGCUGUUAACAACAUCUAUUACACGACACUCUAUAUGUACGCUAAGGCAUAAACCCAAAAAUGCAUUUUUGAUUCAUUUUAAGGGCAUUCUCUCCAACAGUGCAUUGAAUAUGAGUUUCUGUUAUAUUCUUUGCCCUUGGGUUAUCUGCAGUAUUACAACCGAGCGAGCACAGGCGUAGAUAUACAAGUGAGCACUCUCUAAACCACAGUUCCACCUGCUGCUGCUGUUUCAAUACGCAAGAGUGUUGUAUAGAAGUCUGCGGUAUAGAUAAAAGUGCAUCCCCACUUUUUAUGCGUUUUCAAAGGAAGCCUAGCACCAGAAGUUGAAUACGUGAUUAAUCUUAAACCUGAAAUGCUGAAGGUUUGCUAAAAGCUUUUUUUUAUAUUUUGCUGUGUAUUAUAAGAGUUUUUAGCAAACAUUAGUCAAGAGAUGGACUUCAGUAAGAAUUAAUGAAUGAGAAAAGAAAGUAAGAAAGUAAUGAAUCGCGACUGCUGAUUUCAGUGUUCAGUUGCAUGUGUUGUCUGCAUUAUUUUGCUGUAGUUCGCAGAAAUAUGCUUUUUUUUUUUUUUAAUUGUCAAUCAUUUAAUCAUUUGGUAAAUAACCAAUGCCAUCAUCUAUCGAAAAUAUAAGCGUACAUCUCAAAGCGGGCAGUAAUAGCGUAACGUGAAUUGCGUUUUACGUUUUAAAAUACUUUUUUGACUAAAGCACAUUCGAGAACAAACUAAAUUUGGAAAUAUUUUUACUGAGAUGUUAGUUACAUUAUUAUUUACAUAUAUGCAUUUGGCAGACAUUACAUUGCAUUAUCCUAUACAUUUAUUUCUUAGUAUGUUCAAUCCCCUGGAGUCGAACCCACGACCUUGGUGUUGUUGGCGCCAUCCUCUUAUCACUGAGCUACAGGAAAGAUGUCACAUGCGCAAACGUUUAGUGAACUCACUCUGAGAGUUUAUUUGUUGUAUUUGUUAAACGAAUAGCUGCGCAUUCUGGACUGCGGCUCGGAUUCUAGGCCAUUUACCAGAUGCUCCGCAGGGUCUUUAUCAGCUGAAUCGGAUGUGUGUAGGAAACUUUGGAGCGAAAAUCUGCUUACCUAGUCGCAUUCAAAAGUGGAGAAUUGCUUUAAGAACAGGCGCUGUAUUUGUACAGAGCACAGUACCAGUAAUUAAUUAUAAUAGUUGUCACAACACUACAAAAACACACAGCCUUACUUUGCUGCCUAAAGAAAAUAAAUACAAACAUGAAAAUGGAGGAUAUUCCAAAAUGAGAAUGGAGGGAAAAAAUCUGAUAGCGUCAUAACAGACGUCUCUUUUUAGUCAUUUUGUGAUGAAUGAUUCGACUGAUCCAUGAUGUAGAAACCAUUAAACCGGCCUAAUAAAUGAAAGCUGACCCUAAAGGGUCUUUUGACCAAAUCUGAAAGGGAAUAAUGGGACACCGUAGAGAAGAUGAACAGCAUGCAGAACUAUAUGCAGACACGUUUUUUUUCUUGUUUCUUUUCACGACAGACUUUUUUCUGUCUUAUUCAGAUUGGAGACGUGAGGUACACCUAAAAGGCUGCUGCGCAUUUGUAAGACGCUCCCUUACGCACAUUAGAGAGGACACUAGGGCUUUGUUCAAGGCCUCUCGCACAUUUGGCCUUGGUUUUGAAUCGUAAGGUCAGAUGUAAAAAAGCAUCAAGUGAAGGUAAAUGAAAACAGGCACUCGUCAGGCCUCUUUCAGCGAGAAAAGUCGCACCAUCCCCAUAGACUUGCCGUACAAUAUAGAUGUCACGUCAAACUCUGUUGAAGCUCUCGGAUGCUUUGUGUUCAGGAUGAAGGCUGCUGCAUGAUUUUGAUUUAACCUUUGAUAAUGGCUGCUGACAUUUAGGUGCCUGUUGGGACUUGUGUAUUUCAUACUUGAUCGUCGGCACAUUUUUGUGGAUAUUCAUAUUUUCUCUAGAGAUGCUUCAGAGUCCUUCAUCUGAGAUCCCUAAGUGCUUAUUAUAAAUGUAAAAAAUAGAUUUAAACUCAUUGGUUUAUGUGAUCGCUUUGAAGAAAAAAAGUAUGAAAAAAGUGUAUUUUGUAAGUAUUGUUUGGAUGUUUGAGUUUAAUGACAUCGACAUUGUAAUGGCUUUUUGUUUGGCUAAAAGGUCAAGUGUUGUGCAAACAAAAGAUUAUGUCAAAAGUAAAGAACGUUUAUGGCUACGCCUGUCAGAAAUCGAUUUGCAGAAAGAUAAAAUAGUUAAUUUUGUUUUUUUUAUCGUUUUUGUUCAAAUAAUGAAGAUGAAGCCUAGCUUGUGUUUAAGUGUGUUGGAUUAAAGAAUCACAUUCAUACGUUGAUUAUGUGUAAAAACAUUUGACCUUAUGUUUUGAUAUUUCCGUAUUAAUACAUCGCGUUUCAUCUCUGUGAGAUGAUGUACUUGAUCAGAAUACUGUUUUCAUAUUGGAAAGAAUUCGACUCACUGUGUAUAUUAAGCUGUGCAUGUUUGAUUGUUUAAUGUGUGUACUUUUUCUAAAGCAAAAUUUAAUAAAAUUACCUAUUGGAGAUUUA